GGCCGCCGAUGAUGAUGAGCCGAUUAUGUUGGCUCUGUCAAGUGAUCAGCUGUUUCCAAUCACAGAUGAUCACUGAUCAUCAGGGCACUAAUGAUCAGUGCCCUGAUGAUCAGUGUAGACUCAUCAGUGCCACCAGUCAGUGCCCAUCAAUGCCACCUGUAAUUGCCCAUCAAUGCUACAUACCAGUGCCCAUCAGUGCACAUCAAUGCCACAUAUCAGUGCCUACCAGUGCACAUCAAUGCCACAUAUCAGUGCCCAUCAGAGCUGCCUGUCAGUGCCAACUAUCAGUGCAAGUCAGUGUCGCCUAUCAGUGCCAGUCAGUGUUGCCUAUCAGUGCUGCCAAGCAGUGCCACCUAUCAGUGUCAGUCAGU